UCACACCUCUUUCGUCAAGCACUUCGUUCAGAACAGUUAGAGCUCAACCAUGUGCCGUUGGUGUGCGUACAUUUUGGUUCUUAUUCUUAGUGAUAAAUGUGAAAGUAUUCAAUCCUACAUCCUCAAUUACCAAGAUUAUCGAGCAUAGGUAUUUGAUAUUGAUGUGACGAACAGUUCAGCCCUGAAGAUGAAUGCAGUAUGUUCUUCUGAAAUGCGGGUACCAACCUACAAGUCCAUACGGCGUCAACCCAGAAAACCGCCAUCCACAUCUUCACUAUGGAUUUGACACCUAACGUCAAGGAAAAAGGCAAUACUAUUUUAUUUAAUUCGUCAAAAAAUGAACUGUUUAAAAUAAGUGAAAAUUACAAAACUCUGCACCGAAAAUUGAAAGGCAGUUGGAAAGUACUGACGAAUAAAGAUGACAUUAGCUCUGAUGUACUGUCUGGAGUAACAUUAUUUGUUAUUCCUGGUCCUAGAGAAAAAUUUACAGAAAGCGAAUUUAACAGCUUGAAAAAGUAUCUUGAUUCCGGUGGAAAUAUAUUGAUUCUGGUUGGAGAGGGUGGUGAGAAGAACUUUCAGACAAAUGUGAACUUUCUACUGGAAGAAUAUGGCAUUAUGAUCAAUACGGAUUGUGUGGUGCGGACACAUUACUACAAGUAUUUUCAUCCAAAGGAGUGUUUGGUAGCCAAUGGAAUCCUGAAUAGAGCAAUUGCUGUUGUGUCUGGAAAAUUUUCUGGAAGUGAUCACUAUGAUCAUAAUAUCAGCCAAACUCUGAAAUUUGUUUAUCCAUAUGGAGCUACUUUGAAUGUUGCUCGACCAGCUGUAGCAGUAUUGUCUACAGGCAGUGUGGCAUUCCCAUUGAAUCGCCCAGUUUGUGCUUUUUAUACCCACACAAACACCACCUCUGGCUCUCCAGGUGGUAAACUUGCAGUACUGGGCUCAGUUCACAUAUUUUCUGACAAGUACAUUGAUAAAGAAGACAAUGACAUAGUGAGGGAUGUGCUGUUCAGAUUCUUAACUUCCUCUGAUAUCAAAUUGAACCAGAUAGAUGCAGAUGAUCCUGAGAUCACAGAUUAUAUCAUGGUACCUGAUACAGCUAGACUAGCAGAAAAGCCAAGGGUGUGCCUUCAAGAAUCAGUUGAUGAGAUUCCCACAGAUUACACAAAGCUGUUUAACCAGCGCUUAUUUUCCAUUAACACGGGAUGUGUUCCAGCAGCCAUCCAAGCUUAUCAUGAACUAAAUGUGAAGCAUGAGCCCCUUCGUCUUAUAACACCACAGUUUGAGACACCUUUACCUCCUCUGCAAGCAGCGGUAUUUCCACCUUCUUUUCGUGAGCUGCCACCACCAAACUUGGAACUGUUUGAUCUGGACGAGGCCUUCAGCUCAGAGAAGUCUCACCUGGCACAGUUAGCAAACAAGUGCCUGAGUGGUGGAGACAUUGGAAACGAUGAAGCAGAUUUGGAGUACUUUAUCAGAGAAUGCGGUCAAGUACUAGGUGUUGGCGGUUCAAAUCGCGCAUCAGGGUUAGAAUUGGACGCUAGACAAGUAUUACACAGCGUUAGCUUACGUAUAGCUGAAUUCAAGAAACUUGGCCAUCUUGAAGAGUGAUUGCAUUGCACAGUUUAGUUUCUAAAUAUUGAUGUGCCUUAACACAUAUUACAUACUUGGAAUGGCAAAUAAGAAAUAAGUGCACAAACACUUUUCAUGUCAACAUGCACAUCAGUCUCACGUGUUCGGCUACCGUCCCAAGCAAGCUGCUGUGGUGUUAAACCUGUUGUAAGGUAAUUAAAUCAUUCUGUAUGUUCUGGUUGAAAUUUCAUCCCUAAAUAGGUGCAAGUAGCCUUAGAAGCUGGUAUGCCUCUAAGCCCACAAACAAACACAUGAAACUUAAUCCUCUUUAGUAUUGAAAUUGUGGUCAACUGCUGUAACCUUCAUGAAAGUAUAAUGUUAUUCUUCAUAAACCAAUGGCAUACUUAGUAUGAUUAUUUAAUGCAUUUGUCUUCAGACUCGUUACUUAUUUGUUUUAGGUCCAAAUACUGUAUUCUCAUCAGCACCAUUAUCAGACAUCCUGUGUGUGUUCUUUCCUAUGGACAAAGUUUCACACCCAUACAAACCAUCAGGUAAAAUUAUAGUUCUGUUCUAAACUGUAAACUAUAGUAACAAGCCUUCCCAGAAUUUAAUCGUAAUUUCUUCAUGAUUACAAUUGUUAUUUAUUACUGUCAAUCCCUGAUGCCUGAACUUUACCAUAUUUUAUGACUUUUUCUUUUCAAACAUAAAAGUAUAUGCACAUGAAGUGCUGGUAAUCAAUAAUGAGGUGUAUAAUUGUUCUGUAGACAGUCUCGUGGUGUUUAAAGUAAGUAGUUUCACAAAAUUUUAUUGUCAUCAAAAAGUAGAUUUAUGUAAUUAAAAAUUAAUUUUCUGCCUUCAGUAUAUUGAAGAGUCCUUAUGAUUGCAGUCAGUUUGCUUCUGUCAGAUUAGUGAUUCAUGGUGAAUAUAUCUGUGAAAUGUAGCAAUUCCUUGUUUGAUCAUAAUCUACAUAAAAUUAGUACUAUGCUUGAA